AUGACCAACCUGGCCACUGUAAGCUUCGGCAGUGCCUAGAAUCACUGUGUGUGUCAUAUAAUCCUUUUCUUCAUCGUUUUGGUGAACGUGAAAUUGAGUAUUUUGCUUCUAUCUAAUUUAACCAAUUUAUCAUUUUAAACACCAUUUUGAUCUCGCGUAUUCGGUUAAUUCUUACGGAUCUACGAAGACACUAUGAAGAUCCUUGUGCUGUUACUCGGUCUAACGGUGGUAUCGUAUGCACAAUACAACAGAUAUCCAUACAACCCCGAGUACUACGGCAAACAUAUCGCCAUAUUGCGACAAUCGAAAGACACAGCACCAGACGGAUCUUAUUCCUACAGUUACGACACCGAAAAUGGGAUCUCGGUAGCGGAACAAGGACGUCCAAAAAACAUUGGUCCAGGUCAAAUCGAGGAGGUCAGAGGUCAAUAUAGUUACACGGCACCAGAUGGUACACCGAUAUUAGUCACUUACAUCGCAGACGAAAACGGUUUCCAAGCGAGCGGUGCUCACCUACCUACACCACCGCCCAUUCCACCUGCCAUCCAACGAGCCCUCAGCUACAACGCGGCUCAUCCCGAGGAGGAGGAGCCUUACAGAAGAUAUUAGACACGACUCUAUUUUUUUCGAUCUCUCUUUUAUCUUUUUCUUUCUCUCUCUCUCUCUCCCUCUCUCUCUCUCUCUCUCUCUCUUUCUCUUUCUCUCUCUCCUUCUCUUUUCUUUCAUUAUAUUAUUCUUAUCGUAUUUUACGAGUAUCACGAGUAUCAGAACGAUUCGUUCGUGAUCGACAACGAAGAUGAUCGUCUAAUUCUUUUUCUUCUUCUUCUUCUUCUUCUUCUUUGAGGAUAUAUCAUUUUUCAAAUCAGCUAGCUUGCCAAGACAUAUAACUAUAAAAGCCAGAAGGAACUGCCCAUAACAUCUGAAAUAUGUAGCUAUCCUUUUUAUUCAAUCCUCCACGUUGAUAGAUAAAGAUGAACAUUAAAGAAAUUGAGCGAGGAGGAUCGAAGAGGUUCGCCUUUAUUUAAAGUUUUAAAUUAUGCUCUUUAUUGCUCUUCUCUCUCUCUCUCUCUCUCUCUCUCCUCUUCUCUUUUCUUUCUUUCCUUCUUAUUCUCUCUAUUUUUAUGUACGUAAUAUGUCUACUUACUCGUCAGUUCGUUUCGUGUGAAAAGUCAAGUGGGAAAUCUCGGUUAGAGGUAAAGUCACAUCGAGAAGUAUUUAGAUAAUGAUCUGAUGGAAUCAAAGAUUUCUUUGGAAAGAUAAAGGACAAUGUUAUCGUAACGUCAAAUCGUGAUGUUAAAAAGAAAGGAAAUUGUCUUUAAGUGAUCGGUCUGGCGUGAAAAAGUUUAAUGUAAUUUUCUUCAAUGAAAUAAUCAAUGCUGACGAAAUCCAAAUAGCAAGAAAAUAAGAGAGAAAGAGAUAGAGAGAGAUAGAGAGAGAGAAAGAGUUUGCCGGAUACGAUACGAAGAGGAGAUCACUUACGAUUAGAGAAGAGCUGCUUCAGAUUUAUCUAGACGAUAAAACGUCGAAUUAACGUGCGCUAUUAUUGUUCUUUUAAUAGAAUGUAACCGCUUGUGUCUUUAAACGAAGGUAAAUACAUGCAAUCGAUUUGAAA